AUGGAUUCUCAAACUCUCAGCAAGAAAGACCUGCUUCCUACGGGAGCACAGAUCCCCCUUCAGUCAUUUCAACUGCCUGUCUUUCCACCGGAAGCAUACGCUAUCCCCCCAUCCCUACCGCCUGGGAUUGAAUCUCUCACCCUAGAGCUUUUCCUCCUAGGCUACGCGGCUCCAUUCCAAUCACAGCUGCCAAACUUGAGGUCAUUGACUGGAUACAGCCAACUUAUCGAUGGAACAACGACAACAACAAAGAAUGGAGGACUGAAAGAAUUACAUCUUGAUGCCUUCUGUCGUAAGGGGUUCAUGUCCGGGAUUGGUGCGAUUCUUGAAUAUUUGCAUCGCAUGAAUAACCCCGAUGAUACCGAAAAAGAAGAAGGGGACGUGCCAAAGUUGCGAUUCUUGGAGAUCUCUUAUACCGAUGAGCUCCCUGCAAUGCUAGGACCUUCGGUAAUGGCGGUUUUGUUUAGUUUAAAUGCACCUCCAUCGGUGAAUCCGGCAACAGGCGAUAAUGGUGACCUUCCACAUGACCCCGCGGAUAUGGAUGAGGAGGAAGGGAAUCCGAUUCCAGGCAAAAAGCCUGAGGGGGUCAUUCCACUUCUUAACUCGAAUGCGGGGACAGAGGUUCUUGUCAGGAAAUUGACUGUUGGUGAGGUUGGCUCGACAUCGAAAGGAGGUAAUCAGGACGAACAAGAACUCUCUUUCUCUCCGGUUUCUGGAUCGGGCCCAGCUACCCUAAAACUGCUGAAAUCAACACUAUAUACCCUUGACACUGCGGGUGCGAAUGGGUCUGGAGGCGCGGAAUUGGAAAUUGUAGAGGUUGUUGGUGUUCCUAAUGAUCAAUUUGAUAAGGAGGUAUCUUCCUCCUCCACCUCGUCAGACCCUCAGGAACUAUCUUCUCGAUUUUGGAAAAAGUGUUUCCAGAGCUUCCGGAUGACGAUCCUUCGCGUCACUAGUUUUGGAUACGUGGAAUGGAAUAGGGCUGAAGGAAUAAGUGAUGGAAUUACGCCGUCGUUGGCUUGUCAGGUAUCAGCCUUUAGCAAUGAAGCUAUUCCGGAAACACUAGUUCUCACCACACCGGCACUUUAA